AUGUUGUCUGAGGAGCAGUUUCGGUGCAGCAUCUGUCUGGAUAUCUUCAACAACCCUGUCUCCAUCCCAUGCGGGCACAACUUCUGCAUGGGAUGCAUCAAACGCUUUUGGGAUACGAGACAUAAGUCAGAGUGUCCGCUGUGCAAAGAGGCCUUCAGAAAACGCCCAGAACUGAGGAUCAACAUAGGCUUAAGAGACAUCACCGAGCAUUUUAAAAGAUCUAUAAUUGGCCAGCCACCAUACAAGCCAGCCCCACCAAAGAGAAGUAUGCUAAGACAACCUUCUAUGUCUGAUGUUCCCUGUGACGUCUGCCAAGGAACCAUUGUAACGGCGGUUAAGUCAUGUUUCAUCUGCCAGGAAUCUUACUGUGAAACUCACUUGACACCCCAUCUUAGAGAUACAGUGUUGACAAAGCACAGGCUGACAGAUCCGCCCACCUUCAUCACCAGUCACCUCUGCAUAAGUCACAACAAGGUCCUGGAUAUGUUUUGCAAGACGGAACAGAUACCUAUUUGCAUGAAAUGCAGAGUGAAAGACCACAGACACCAUGAGAUCGUCCCGAUAGAGAAGGAGAGCAUGUUGGUCAGGACUAAGUUGAAGGAGGCCGAUGCAGACUUUCAGCAUAUGGUCAACACCAGAAUGAAAAAGCUGGAGGAGGUCAUAGCUUCAGUAGAGUCGAGAAAAAUGAAUGAAGAACAAGCAUUACAAACAAGCAUUCAGGUCGCCAACAUGGUGAGUGGCAUCAUUGAAAAGAACCAGGCUUCGUUAAUCCAGGAGAUCCAGCAGAAGCAGGAAGCAUCUGAGGGGAUCGAGAAGGAGCUUAUCAAAGAGCUCAGGGAGGAAAUCAAUGAGCUGCAGAGGAGACGAAUUGAACUGCAGCACCUGGAGAACUCCGGCGACCCUCUUCAUCUCCUACAAAGUUUCCCCUCUCUGAGUUCUCCGCUGUCCACCAGGGCCUGGUCCAAGGUCAGAGUGAAUUCGAACAGCUACAUAGGGACAGUGAGGAGAGCUUUCUCCAAGCUGGUGGACGUGUGCCAUACACUUGAAAAGAAACUGUCUGCAGAAGGUCAGUAA